AGCAGUAGUGUGUAUAGCUACUGCCGUGUGUGCCUCCUGGGUUGAUUGUGAGGGAUGGGGCAUAUUUAUGCCUGAUGGUCCUGCUGGCAAUUACGUGCAUGGCUGAGCAGGGGCAAAUGGAAAUCGGUAUUUUGAAUGGAUUCUCAUCAACCCUGCGCUAUCUCAACGGCAACUGCUCGUGGAGAGUUACUACAAUUGCAGCAGGGAAUGAGGUAGAGGUGGAACUGAGUGUAGGACCACUGACAACACUGGUUGGUGGAGACGGAGGUACAGAUGAUGAUUUCACUUUGAAGUGUAUAACUGAGGAGGGCGAGCAACUGAAUGCAAUAAUCGUUACACACACUCUUGAAACUAUCCCACAACCCACAAUUAUUGCUCUGGAUUAUGAGACUGGGAUCCUCGAUUGGAGCCAUCCAUUUCAUCCUGAUCUACCAGUGGACUUUGAGAUUAUCCACCAGUUCAGAGUCGUCUACCUAGUCAAUGAGACAGACAGAGAGAGAGACAAGAGUUCACUGUUCAGACUUUGGUCAAUGACAUCUUCUACAGUCAGCCUGUCUCGUUCGUUCAUGACCCCAAAGUUCCAUUUUUUGAGUCAUCUCUCUGCCAUGUUUGAAGAUUCUAGUAAUCCGUUGAGAGUUCAGGUUAUGUUUCAUCUUGCUGCAAAAGUGUGUCUCUCACAGUUCACAAUAGUUAUCUAUGGUGUGGCCAAUGUCUCGUUCAAUGUUACAAGAGCUGAGGCUGCUAAAGGGACCGUAAUAUAUGACCUUCCCUCCCACAUAUCUCCAAUGGAUGUUUGUGAUGUACAAAGCGAAAUUUAUGGUGGAAAUGUGAUCGGCAACAGUAAUUCAUUCAGUAUACUAGUUCCAGAAGCUUGCCUUCCGUCCACUCCUGAAACUUUGUCAACGGCUGAAGGGAGACCCUCCACAUCAUCUUCCCCACCCCCUGUGGAGACAAAACAGUCUGACAUCCCUCCUGGGGUGAUUGGUUCAGUUGCUGCUAUUGUUGUUCUGCUGGUAUCUCUAUUUCUUGCGAUAGCAGUCAUAUGCCUAGUGGUCCAUCGUAGGAGGAGAGCUCGUGAAUGCAGUAGUGAGGAUCCCCCAGCUUCUCCUAGACAAAGCUAUUGUGUGGUGGAACCAAGGACAGGAGCUAGUGAAAAGAAGUUGUUCUCUAUCAACCCUACUUCUGAAUAUGCAGACAUUGACCAUGUUGAAACUGAACGAGUUAGACAGCAACUUGAGCAAGCUAAAGCGGCUUCUACGCUUUCAAGUGAUGAGGCAGCAGUAGGCACACACAGUGAAAUCUCCAUCGAGCCUGCUAUUUCUGGUCUCUCCCUGGAAGCCCACUAUGACCUGUUGCUGGCUGUACUGCUGCCGGUGAAAGCUCGCUGGUUUGAGCUUGGGAUGAAACUUAACCUCUCUGAGAACUUCCUGGACGAGACGGAGGCCAACAUGGACAGUGUGGAAGAGUGUCUGGGUGAAAUGCUACAGAACUGGCUCCUGUACCACGACCCCACUAUGGAGACUCUAAAUAACGCCCUCUCUCGGAUGAAACUCUCCCCCAUCACCUUCGAUACCACCUCCAGCAGUAUGUACCUAAUACAUCGUACCUGGAGCUGUAGUUUGUGGGUUAAGGCUCCAGAGGACACAACAGUACUGUAACAGUGUGAAUUAAUUACUAUGAAUCCAAGAUACUCUGUGGUUUUUAGAUCAGCAAAAUGGGUGGAUAGUAUAGUAUUGUUUGUUGUUGUAGACCCCACAAGUAAAAAAUCCAUGCCACCUUUCACAGUGUUUGUCUGUUAUGAUAUGC